GACCGAGCUCUACUUGCGCAGGGGUGUUUUGCCAGUUUUGCUUUCACGAUGGGGUGGUUGCGAUCUUGUUGACGGUGCGUGCGAGGCCGUCAGGCCGACGACCAUGGUGACAUAGGAGUUAACGUCGGCCAAAAAGGCUCAUCACUUGCCGGUUCAGAGAGUGACCGCCGAAUGGCGAAGGCGGCUCAGCCGUUCGCCCCGGCGGUUGCCUGCGCGCCGGUCACCAAAGUGGAGAUCAGCGUCUCGUGCAGGCAACUCAAAGACAAGGACUUUUUCUCCAAGUCUGACCCUAUGUGCGUUCUGUUUAUGAAAGAAUCUGACAGUGACAAUUGGCGUGAGGUGGGACGCACUGAGACUGUAGACAAUUGCCUCAACCCUGAUUUCGUGACCAAGUUUCUUGUGGAUUACUACUUUGAAGAACGACAGCAGCUUUUGUUCAAACUGUAUGACAUUGAUAGCCCCAGUGUAGACCUUCAGAAUCAUGAUUUUCUUGGUCAGGCUAGCUGUACUUUGGGAGAGCUCGUUGCCUACCAGGGCACACAAGUCAAGUUCCAGCUGUCGGGACUCCCGGGCAACUGCGGCACCAUUUUGUUGACUGUUGAGGAGGUGCUCGACUGCAAGCGAGUCAUCGACAUGCAGUGGUACGCUCAGAAACUGGACAAGAAGGACUGGUUUGGGAAGUCAGACCCUUUCCUAGAGUUCUACCGCAUCAGUGAGGACAACACGUACACAGCGGUGUUCCGCACAGAAGUGGUCAAGAAGAGCUUGAAUCCAACAUGGCGGCCCUUCGCUAUCCAAAUGCGUCAGCUGAGUGGGGGCGAUGAGGACCGUACUAUCCGCGUCGUCUGCUAUGACUGGGACUUUGAUGGAGGCGUGUCUCGCAGCCACGAUCUCAUUGGAGAGUUCUACACCAACGUGCGCACACUUGCCGAGGGACCUGGUCCAGCGAACGAGUAUGAGCUCAUCAACAAGAAGAAGCAGGCCAAGAAGAAGAAGUACAAAAAUUCAGGUGUGGUGAAAUUGAUGUCCUUUGGAAUCCGUGAAGAAGCCACCUUUCUUGACUACAUUCGUGGCGGCCUGCAGAUGCACUUCACUGUGGCCGUGGAUUUCACUGCAUCAAACGGGGACCCCCGAGAUCCUGCAUCCUUGCACUUCCUGGACCCAUCGCAGCCGAAUGCAUACAUGAUGGCCAUCCAGGCAGUUGGCGAGGUGAUCCAGGAUUACGACUUCGACAAGAUGUUCCCUGCACUGGGCUUCGGUGCAAGGCUGCCACCCGACGGGACCGUGUCGCACGAGUUCUUCCUCAAUGGCCACCCGACGGACCCGUACUGUGUGGGCAUCGAAGGUGUCCUGGAGGCCUACCGGAGGACCCUGCGGUCCGUGCAGCUGUACGGGCCCACGAACUUUGCACCGGUCAUCAACCACGUGGCAAAGUUUGCGAGGACGUACCGUGACGGCACGAGCUACUUUGUGCUGCUCAUCAUCACGGACGGGGUCAUCAGCGACAUGCCGCAGACUCUGGAGGCAAUUGUGCAGGCCUCCUCCCUGCCAAUGUCCAUCAUCAUUGUUGGUGUGGGCAAUGCCGACUUCUCAGCCAUGGAGGUGUUGGACGGAGACGUGGUGCGAGUGAGCUCGCGGGGCCGUGCGGCCGAGCGGGACAUUGUGCAGUUUGUGCCCUUCCGCAAGUUCCUCCAGGGCGGGCCUUGGCAGAGUAACCAAAUGCGGCUCGCCAAGGAGGUGCUGGCCGAGAUCCCCGACCAGGUCACCAGCUACAUGCUCAAGAAUCAUGUCAAGCCCGGGCCGGGCUCUGCCUCCCAGGGUGGGGCCUCCUGAGUGCCAAAAGCAGCAGCGCCACACUGUAGACAAGUAGCCAGCACAGUCUUUCACGUAGAGCUGGUCCACUCUCAAAAUGUUAGAGCAGAGGCGCCCGCCCCCAAUCCACUAGGCUGGCUGCAGCAGCGCCAGGUCACGGGGCUGGUCUCGUUGUGACUGCACACAAACACACACACACAAUACACUUUGUUGUCGCUUGUGUGGCCGGCCGGAGGUUGAGGCACAGGUACGCAAUUCGUAUGCUUCAUUGCAAAUUCUUUUGGGCUGCUGUCAAUCGAAUAGACCAUGCAAAAACUUUCGCAGGCACCUGCUGUUGCCAACACAUCAUCAAGAUUAACACAACUAGGACUGCGAAGCUCCUGCUCAAAGUGCUGUUCAACCUUGAGGGGCCUUCUAACAAAAAGUGAGGAAGGAAGGCUAGCACCUGUCCAUGCAACGCUUCAAGCACUAGGCUGUCAAAACCUUGCUGAUGUCAACCAAGAUUUGUGGGGAAACCAUAAUCUGCUGCAUUCACCUGAGGCACAUAAGCACCUCAGUGUAUGAUUGAUUCACUAUCUUGAUCAUGAGAAGCACAAAAAAAAGGCCAAGGUGCCUUCCCUUUGUACUUUGAUGGCAAUCCAAAAGAGUCUUGGAAGGGUGUGUAGCUUUGGCCAGUGUUUCCACAGCUGGUGCAAUGACCGAAGCUCAAUUUUGCAUUCUUGUGCCUUUGCCUUCAGCCAUAUGCAAGUUGCGACGAGUUACAGUUAUGUUGAAUAUGCUCAGUGGGUCGAACAAAGGGAGCAGAGGCGUGCCACUCCUGCAGACAGCUGAUGUGCCGUCUACCCCAGUGACAGAGAGAUCUAUCAGACUAGGAGACAGUGCUACAAUGUGCCAACAUUAGAAAGCAAGCCAAAGGUACUCGCUUGUCAGACCUGUAAAAAAUUAUUUCAUAGUAGAGGAUACAUUUUCACGGUAGAUGGCUUGCGUGUUUCACAGACAUCACAUUGGAGCGCUGAUCACAGUUUAGCACAGCCUUUCUAGAGACAUGAGCAGAUCAGAUCAGGGGGCAGUUUUGAAAAUUUGAAUGUUUUCAGACAGAGCAACUUGUGAUGUAAUCGGAUAAGCACAAGUCGUCUGUAGAUAGCUUGCACGGACAUUGCCAUUGCUGCCAUAUUGGAAAACCACUAGCAUGAUGGCUGCUUUUCGAUCUGAUAAAAGGAAAAAAAUUGGCAUCCACCUGAAUGUAGCAUAGGGCUAAAAUGGAAACCCAUACCGUUUCCUCAGCAAAGAAAGCUGACAGCUGAAAGAAAAAUUCAUCAUGGUUUGAAGAUAGAAACCCAGCACCACCACCUUUUCGUGAAAGUUGCCAUGCCAACUGAGCUGACCAUGAGAGAGAAUCAAUUGUUGACAAUAAUUGGCUGAAGGCUAGUUAGAGACAAGUUCUAGGAAAAUGCACUAAACGGCCCCUGAAACUCUUUUUGAACAUAGUAAGAAAAUGUUGCCUAGCUGUUAACGAGGCUCCUGUGAACACGUGAGCCAUAUAUUAUUGCAUUGAAUGCAACAGGGAAUUUACAAUCUUAUGUCAAAAGUAGUGAAAAAAUUGCUUGCUCUCUCAUUCGCAAUGUCAUCGUACAGCGGAGCCCACAACAGCUAUUGGGUGAUUUUGUGCUUGUAAGGACAUUCUCAGUACUGCGAUUAUUGCUCAUUUGAGUUAUAUAAAUAAAAAUAUAUAUAUGUCCGUGAUCGCAAAGACAGAAAAACCAUUUCAUCAUUGUACUGCCCGUCUACACAUGACAUUUGUGUGUUACUGCGUGUGGCCUCGGAAGUGUAGCGUAGAUACUACGGUUGUCUUGCUGCCAAGACUCAACCUUUGGGCUGGGCCAGUGGGGCAUUGCUCCCUUGCGACCUCUUGCAGUCGCCCAUUUCCAGCACGCUAGUGGAAAUGAAAGGGAAAUCUGCUCAUUGGUCUGCUAACUACAUCUAACUUCACUUUUGCUCGAAGGACUCUAAAAAUGUUUGCGACUGGCGAAUCGUGAGGCGACAUAAUUUAAGUGAUGUCAUUCUAUGAUUAAUUAGAAAAGUGUUUCAGCGCACCUUUAAGUGGAGGGAAAGUUGGACACCCACCCUAAUGUAGCACAUAGCUAGAAAGGAAACCAACAUGGCUCAAACGAAAAAAAGACACAUUGGUCCAAUCUGCACAUCUCGGGCAGCUCAAUGGGGGUAGCAGAUAGUUCAUGAAUAUGACGUUUGUGAUGUCACGUGCAAGCUGCCUUAUUGGCAAUAUAAUGUAGGUUCAUGAGAAAAAUGUGUGCCAACUCAUCUUGUUUGGCUUGUUAGGUGUACAUUAUCUGUGAACUAUAGUCACAGCCACUGCACUGGGGCAGACACCAUCUUUUUGUUCAUAUGCAAAGGCUAGCACUCUCCUCCCUGUCUGGCAAAGCCAAUCACGUGUGAUAUUUUUGUGUCGGCUGCAUGCAGUGGGGCACUCACAAACAACGAACAAAACUCCCACAAGGUAGCUGCCCACUCUUUGCUCAGAGACCCGGUGUGGUCAGUGCAGGAACCCCCCUCCCCGCCCUUACCAAGAAGGAAAAUGAAUGCCAUGCUCCCUCAAUUCGACCUGCCACCACUGCCUGUGGCGGGUCCAUGUUGUUGUUGGCCUUGUGUUCCUCCAUGCUGUUUUAAUGUAUGGGGCUUUAUACUGACUAUGUUGGAAGCUUUGCUGUUAUUUUUCUAUUGUGCGGCUGAAUCCACCAAGGGCACUGAACACAAAUAAAAACCCACAAGUGUUUUUCUUGUUUGGCAAAACUGG